AACGAAAGGUCGGUGACGAAACGGAUAAACGGGCAGCUCGAUUGCAUACGCGUGCGCGUGCUUACGCGGCUCCUCGUGCAUGCACGCGUGCACAGAGACGACUUGCAGUUUCGACAAGAGCUUCGUCGCGUUCUUCUCGCGACCCGUCGGGCUCCCGUCGAACCGUGCUCGCGACUUCCAGUCGACCAUCCGUGGAUCCAGCACCUGGCUCGUUCUCGGAUCGACGAUUCGUCCGAUCGACUAGGCGCCGACGCGUUCGAAGACUCGCGUUCGCUCGCGGCGAAUCGUCGAAAAUUGUAAAUAGUGCGCGGGGACCGUCUCUCGUCGCGCCCGAGCGUUAUCGCGACGAUGUUUGCCGCGUACUCCGCGCUUCCGGUUGCAACGCGCUUCCGUUCCAGCGAACAAUAGCCAGCCCGCCGAGGGCCUGGCCGUCUUGUAUUCCAAGAGCGAUCGCUCCCAUCUGCUGCAGCCAGCCGACGCAACAUGAUGAUGUACAAGCAGGCGGAGUUCGAGGACGAGGACACCAGCAGCAUAGGGUCCAGUGCUCCCCACAGCGAAGGCAUCAGUACCUCGGCGACGCACAUUAGAUACCGCGCGGUACGUUUCCCGAUCAAGGGGACGUCGCUGUGGAGAGCGAGAAGCGCGCUCGAGCGGUGCCUCUUCAUCGUAUGCGCGGGUCUCUUGCUGAUGGUCGUGAUGAUGUCGAUCGUGAUCAGCAGCAAAGACGGAUGGGACGAGGCGCAGAUCCUCCACGUGACAUCCCACGGAGACGACGGGACCCACUGUUUGACGGAGCACUGCGUCAUCGUGGCGGCAUCCAUCAUAAACAGCAUAGACCGCACGGUGGACCCUUGCGAGGAUUUCUACGGGUACGCCUGCGGAGGAUGGAUGAAGAAGAACCCCAUACCGGACGGGAGCAGCAUGUGGGGGACCUUCGGGAAACUCGAGCAGGACAAUCAGCUGGUGGUCAAGAACGUUCUCGAAAAGUCGAUCGGCGAGAUGAGGUCCAAGGCGGAGAAGAAGGCCAAGAACUAUUUCCUAUCGUGCAUGGACGCGAACGACACUAUAGAGACCCUGGGCGCGAAGCCGAUGCUCGAUCUGCUGGACGCGAUCGGCAACUGGAACGUGUCCGGGAAAUUUAACGUGUCCACGUGGUCCCUGCAAACGAGCAUGCACAUCCUGCAGAACGUUUACAACAUGGACGGUCUGUUUACAUGGUCGGUGAACGAGGACGAUCGAAAUAGCUCCAGGCACAUUAUACAAAUCGAUCAGGGCGGGCUGACCUUGCCGACCGCCGACAACUACUUGAACGUCACCGAGCACGGCAAGGUGUUGACCGCUUAUCUCGAGUACAUGACCAAGAUCGGCGUGCUGCUGGGCGGAGAAGAGAAUUCGACGAGACGGCAGAUGCAGGAGGUGAUCGAUUUCGAGACGAGGCUGGCGGAGAUCAUGACGCCGCUGGAGGACCGCCGGGACGAGGAGAAGCUCUACAAUCCGAUGACGUUGAACCAGCUCCAGGAGAAAGCACCCUUCCUGUCCUGGAUCACCUACUUCCAAAACGCCACCCGACUGGUCAACAAGAAAAUCUACGGCAAGACGACGAUCGUGAACUUCGUGCCGGAGUAUUUCGUCAAGCUGUCGAAGCUCGUGGAGGAGUACACGAAGACGGACGAGAAGAAAAUAGUGCUGAACAACUAUCUGGUCUGGCAGACCGUGAGGUCGUUGACGGGCUACCUGUCGAAGCCGUUCCGCGACGCUUACAAGGGUCUCAGGAAGGCCUUGAUCGGUUCGGAAGGCCGAGAGGAGCAGUGGCGUUACUGCGUCAGCGAUACCAGCAACGCGAUGGGCUUCGCGAUCGGAGCCAUGUUCGUCCGAGAGGUUUUCCACGGGAAGAGCAAGCCUAUGGCGGAGGAGAUGAUCGACCAAGUGCGCAAAGCCUUCACCAAGAACUUGAAGAACCUCGACUGGAUGGACGCGGAGACCAGGCGGUCGGCGGAGGAGAAGGCGAACGCCAUCACCGACAUGAUAGGCUUCCCGAAUUUUAUUUUGAACCCGAACGAGCUCGACGACCGUUACAGAGACCUCGCGGUCAAGCAGAACGAGUACUUCCAGAACAACAUUCGGGUAAACAAGUACAACUUGAAGAAGAACCUGGACAAGCUGGACAGGCCCGUGAACAAGACUACGUGGAUCAUGAUACCGCCCGCGGUGAACGCUUACUACCGGCCUACCAAGAAUCAGAUAGUGUUCCCGGCCGGGAUUCUGCAGAGUCCGUUCUACGAUAUGGAGAACCCCAAGAGCUUAAACUUUGGCGGGAUGGGGGUAGUGAUGGGACACGAGCUGACGCACGCGUUCGACGAUCAAGGAAGGCAGUACGAUCUGAACGGGAACUUGAACGAGUGGUGGAACAACGCCACCAUAGACAGGUUCAAAAAUCGAACGGAGUGCUUCGUGGAGCAAUACAACGGCUUCGAGGUCCACGGCCGACACGUGAACGGACGGCAAACUUUGGGAGAGAACAUCGCGGACAACGGAGGCCUGAAAGCCGCGUACCACGCGUACAUCACCACGCCUAAAACUUACAAGGAUCAACUGCCCCUGCCCGGCCUGAACUUGACGCACCGUCAGCUCUUCUUCCUGAACUUUGCUCAGGUCUGGUGUUCCGCUGCCACGUCCGAGGCGAUAGCUCUACAAAUCGAGAAAGAUUCUCACUGUCCGCCAAAGUACAGAGUGAUCGGACCUCUGUCGAACCUGCCGGAAUUCGCCUCGGAGUUCAACUGUCCAAAAGGUUCGAAAAUGAAUCCGGUCCACAAGUGCGAGGUCUGGUAACAAGGUUUUUCACGAGAUUUCAAUCGCACGUCAGCGAUCGCUGGCCCUUACAAGCUGCUCCGUGUCCCGUCGACGACGAGGUCCGAAGUGGUUCGCGAGCCUUUAGAAUGGGCAACGGGCAGGCCCUAGGGCGAGAGAUUUCAGAGCGAGCCGAUGUCGAGAGCGGAGAGCGAAGAGCGAACAGCGAACAGCGAACAGCGAACAGCGAACAGCGAAGAACGAAGAGCGAACAGCGAACAGCGAAGAGCGAAGAGCGAAGAGCGGAGAAUCGAGAGUCGAGAGCCGAAGUUUUUCCAACGAACGCUAGAAGGGGGUUCGCAGUUUUCUAUGCCGAUCCAGGUCCAUGAUCUCACCGGUUCGAGUACGUCGAACGUCCCGAAACACGGUGCAGCAUUCUGUUUUGCGCGCGUGUCCUCGGCGGCCCUGGGACCGCCGUGCAUAUCGAUCCUCUUCUUACGUAUAAUUGUGUCGAACGUACUCCGGGACGCGACACUUUCCGGCUAAAUGUACGCGAGAUGCUCGCAGUGGUUCAUCGGGAUCAGCCGACUUCUUUCGCGGUGACCGACACGACCGCGGUUGCCCGAACACCGCGUUCCGAACACGGACGCGGCUCUCGCGAGCGACAAAGGGCCUUUUUCACUUUUAUACUUGGAACCAGUAUUAUCCGAUUGUCAAUCGAUUCGAGUAUACGUUUACAAACACGAAAAGCCAGUUAAAAUUCACCGCGAACGUUCACGGGCGAGACAACAGGUGUACCAUUUUACUCUACGAGUCUACAUAGAGCAACGAGAAAAGAGGGGACGGUCGAUUUACUUUGCUUUCGCUCGCGAUCGAAAAGAUUCGAUACGAUCUCGAUGAGCCACGACGAUCGGGACCGCGGCGCUGUAAUUUCUGCAGGCAGGAUCUAGCGUUAAGCUUAAGAAAUUUAAUUUUUUAAACAGGCUACGGACUACUAGUUAGAGAAGAAUUAGAACGUUAAUAUUUAGGGGGGCGCGAUACUGCGCGGACAUGCUGCGAAUACGCGUCGAGACGAAGUAUUUUUCAAUGUGCUUAAGUGUGUGUGUAUAUUGUUUCGCGUAUCGCUGUCGCGCGAGCUCGUCGAUCUGCCAAAUCGAACGUCUUUCCAAUCGAUUCGCGUCGAGGAUCGCGGGCAACGCGCGCAGAUGCUAUCUAAAUUACAUGUUGUCUAAUUUAAGGGAUUAUUUGUACAAAAGGACGAUGCCGACAGCAGAUCAACCCAUCUUUUAAUCAAACUACUGUAAAAAAAAAAGACAAAAAGAGAGGCGGUGUGUGCGAGCGUGUGCGAGCGUGUGCGUGCGAGAGAGAGAGAGAGAGAGAGAGAGAGGCAGAGAGCGCGUGCGAGAAGCGAAUCGGAGCGAUAUCGCAGGUCUUUCGAAACGAGUACACUGUAAUCGAUACGUCUGUUAACCAUGUGCCGUGAAUCUUUAUUUUUCAUUGUUUCAGAAUAUCGUUGAGUAUAGUCGAUAGAGGCCGAGCCGAAUAUCGCUGACGUUCUAUAUUCUACGUAUACUUUUGAGCGCGCGAGAUGCUUCGAGCGGUUCCUUUUUAUACUGGUUUGCUGUGAGAUAACGAACUAACGGAGAGCCUUUUUUCCUUGUGCGCUACGUCGAUUAGCUACACCGCCAGCGAACCGCGCAGCGGCGCGAUCGAUCGCGCGAGAUCGAUCAUCGAUCAAUUUUGUGCGAGUAGUUCUUAGAGCGCGACGAGAUUCUUCCGAGUCGCGCCAUCCAAUGCUAUACAUUAUUCGAGAUAUUUACCAAUGACGCACGUGUAAAUCAAAUAAAGAAGAAAUUCAAUAACGAG